AUGAGUGUACCUCCUUCACUCAAGAUUCUUGAACAAAAUUGUUCGUAUGUACAAAUAGUACACCGACGUUCACUGCCACUAUUGGAGAGAUUGUAUGCAAGUGAAAAAGAAUUAAUUGAUGGAAGAGAGGAGGGUCUAUUGUCAUCACAAUCUCUCAAGAAACUAGUCAUUUAUCAAUGCGAUCAAAUCAUUCCAGCCAAUAUCAUCCCAUCAACUCUCGAAAAGCUUACAAUCUAUAAUAAUGAUGAAGAUAUAUUUGGACAGAUGGUAUUCCCGCCAUCGCUCACUCAUCUAUCGCUCAUGAAUGAAGUCGACGAUAGGGAUCAAGUCCAUCUUCCCGAAACUCUCGUUAAACUAAAGUAUAGAGGCACACUGUCACUUCCUCAACACUUGAAGAAAUUGGUUUGUCCGCCUGCAAUUCAAUGGUAUAACCAAUAUAAUUAUGCCUCUUAUCCACCCAAUCUUGAAAUACUCGAUGUUAUUAAUAUCAAUGGUGACUAUACUCUUGACAACCUUCCACCAACCAUCAAACAUCUGUCAAUAUCGUUGACAAAGACCCGCUGUUCAAUCAGCGAACGGAUACCCAAAGCCAUCUCUGCCGACCAACAACAAAAACAACCACAAUGGUUACCACUCAGUACAACUCAUCUAACUUGCGACUUGAAUGAUAUUUCUGCGCCACAAGUGUUCUUUAGAUUGGAUCAAGUAAUCAAUCACACCAAUGUUAGGAAUUUAACAUUAAUCGAUGACAAGACAACUAUUCAAUUUUCAAUUCAAAGAUUAGACCCAGACAAUAAGAAUGUAUUGGUAUUGGAAACAAAGUCACUUCAAGGUGGAAUAAUCACCCAAAAAAGAAAAUCACAAAGAAAGAGGAAACCGAAUAAUCAACAACAACAACAACAACAACAAAAACAACAAAAACAACAUCAACAUGGGGAUUUGCCAAACGCAUGUGAUAAUGAUCCGUAUCGUCUUGCUCAAUGGAUACAACGCAUCACUAAAAAGAACAGAGACAGAGCUGAUAUGAGUAGUAUUACAACAGUAUUGGUGAAAGAUUACCCACUAUUCAUCAACUACAAAUCUGGCCAUGAUUAUAGAGUAAAUGUUCAUGACAUGACUCUACUAUUAUCUGUAUCUAAUCUAUUACUAUUACAUAUUAUAACAUCUAUUGACAGUAAUGGAGAUAUAAUAUGUUUGUUGUUGACUUGUAAAAAGUUAUACAAUAAUAGUGCUUUAAGAAGAUCGAUUCAGUUUAAAGGAAUAGAAGCUAUAGAUACAAAUCAACAAAACGAAUCAAAGCAGUUUAAAGCAACAGCUACUCGAUUCAAACUCAACUCAUUUAAAGAUAUAUUGGAGAAUAGACAUGACUACCCUCAAUGGAUACAACAACGUAUCUAUGCAAACAGAGACAGAGUUGAUACUCGAAGUGGUAUCACAACAGCUUUGGCAACCUAUGACCUACCAAAACCAGAUUCACUCUACUCUAUGCCAUCUCUCGAGACACUCAUCAUCAACAACGGGACCCAAAAAUCGUUUAUAGAUCUUACCGAUAUCUCACAGUUGACCAGUCUCCAAAAACUUUCAAUCAAUGCACACCAAUUGAAGCUAGGUCCUCACCCAUCACUCAAGUCUCUGACACUGGACUUUGGCGCAGCUGCAAAGUGGGUAUACCCACUUGCCGAAUUAGGUCUCACCAAGUUCGUGUCUCUGACAAAGUUUAGCUUCAAGAGAAGUUUUAUCACAGAUAUGGUACCAGGUCUCUUGCCAAGCAGUCUGACAUCACUCUCUAUGCGACUGAUGGACAAUGUACCUCCACGAAAUACAUUCGUUUCAUUGGCAUCACUCGUUAAACUCAAGAUCGACUUUACACUGCCAAUACCAAGAGCUGGAAAUAAUGAAUUGCAACAAUGUAUGGACCUUGGAAGUCUGGGUCAUCUCAAUAAACUCAAACUUGAGGGAAAUUGUGGUAAUGGCACUACAUUGAACCUCGAGAUUAACUUACCUCCUUCACUCAAGAAUCUUGUCCUCUGGUCAGAUCGCAUACAAAUCGCAUCACAUUGUACGAUGCCACAGUUGGAGAGAUUGGAUGUGCGACAAUGUGUAUUGAUGAAAGAAAAAGUCAGUCUAUCUUCAUCCCCUUUGAUAAAGAAACUUAUUAUUCACAAUUGCACUGAAACCAUGCCAGCCAAUAUCAUCCCAUCGAGUGUUGAAAAGCUUACAAUCUAUACAGACAAUUCCGAUGAUAUACUUGAUCAAGUUGUAUUCCCACCAUCACUCACUCAUCUGACCUUCAAUGGAAGUCACAAUGAGAAAAUCAAACUCCCAGAGUCACUCGUUAAACUAAAGUACCUGUCAUUCAGAGAAGAUGCUCCAGUCUCACUACCUCGACAUUUAAAAAAACUGGUUUGGGGUGUUCAUCAGCGGACCAAAGCUCCAGAUUUUGUAUUCCCAUCCAACUAUCCACCUCAUCUUGAGUCACUCACUCUGGUCAAACUCCAAAGUAACUUUACUAUACCACCAAUCACUGAAUAUCUAUCAAUAGACUUGGGCAAAUAUAUGAAAAUCUAUUCAAUAACCUCGACAAUAGCCACCAAUCAACAACAACAACCACAACAAUGGCUACCACCCAAUACCACUCAUCUAACUUGUCAAAUUGGUGACAUAACGGGUGUGUUUAGAUUAGAUGAAAUAAUCAAUCGCACCAAUGUUAGAUAUUUAUGCCUCAUCAUUAAAAAGAAAACAACCUUUCAAUUAUCAAUUCAAAGAUUAGACGCAGAUAAUAACAAUGUAUUGGUAUUGGAAACAAAUACACUUCAAGGUGGAAUAAUCACUCAAAGAAAGACAAUCAACAACUCUCAACAACAUCAACAUCCCAUUUAUUUACAUUUUAAUACACGUUACUCUUCAUUUGAAUUGGAUUGGACAUUUUCCAAUGAAGACGUAGAUGAUGGAGACGAUGAGUGA